CGGCCCUUUAAUCUAUUGUUUGUAGCUGAACUGCAGGUUGCACCAGUUCAGAGUUUAUCUUUCUCGGUCUAACGUGGAGAAAGAAGGAUAAACUCUGAACUUGGUGCCCCGCCGGUUCAGUUAUAUAAAAAACAGACCUUCCGACUCCAGCUCUGUUCGUGUGUCGAGUGCGUGCGGAGUCCCCGCACAAAGAAAUGACGAUAACUCCUUCGACUUGUCAUUUCUCGUAACGUGGAAGGUGCACCGAUAAGGAAUGUACGCGUACCUACCUACGUGUCUGCACACUGACGAGGGCUUGCCAUGUCAUUUUGUUAAUAUAACGCAUGAACGCGAGGAGAACAUGUGAAAACAGCCGUUCGGAGAGACGCGUUCUUUUUGUUAGAGUUUCCUUCCGUUUCCUUCCAAGUUCGAGAUAACUGUGGGCCUGGGCGAUAAAAUAACUUGAAAAGGAAAGAGCUCGAAAAGACCACUCCAGAUACCCGCGCUCUGUAUUCGCUAUUAAAAGGCAUGGAACUGUCGGAGCCGAGCCACAACGUGGCAGUCCGCAACUGAUCUAAUGGCCGUGUUGUAUUCUCCCGCAGGACGAUAUACCCGAAGUAAGGACGAUGACGAGCGAGAUAUCGGCGAACGUUCUGACGCUCAACUGCUGGGGCAUACCAUAUGUCUCGAGAGACAGGUGCACGCGCAUAUCCGCUAUCGCGGACAAAUGUGCCAGCCGGGAGUACGAUAUAAUCUGCCUGCAGGAGGUCUGGUCUGUCGAGGAUUUUAAACUGAUAAAGACGAAGGCGCAGGAAGUGCUUCCCUACUCGCAUUACUUUCACAGCGGUGUCUUCGGAUCGGGAGUAUGCGUCCUGUCACGGUAUCCCAUUCACGACGUUAUGUUUCACAAGUGGCCGCUGAACGGUUACGUUCACAAGAUCCACCAUGGGGACUGGUUCGGUGGCAAAGGAGUUGGGCUGUGUAAAAUAAACAUUCGCAACAUGAACGUCAACGUUUACAUCACACAUUUACACGCGGAAUAUAAUCGAGAGAACGACGAGUACAUGGCUCACAGAGUGCUGCAGGCGUUUGAUACUGCCCAAUUCGUAAGGAUGACGAGCGGCGGCGCGGAUGCCGUCGUGUUAGCCGGCGAUCUCAACACUGAGCCGCAGGACCUGGCGUACAGAAUUAUACAAGGUGUUGCCGGCUUAGCGGACGCUUGCCCCAAUAGUGCGAGCCAUAGAGGGACCAACGAAUGUGCCAAUAAUAGUUACACCAGCUCAAAACUUGCUCGAACGAAGCCGGAUGGAAAGCGUAUAGAUCAUAUCAUGUAUUUGGGCUCAAAAACUGUGAAGGUUGAAGUUACAAACUUUCAACAUCCCUUGCCAAAUCGUGUGCCAUAUAAGAAUUUUAGUUAUUCCGACCAUGAAGCUGUGAUGGCUACACUGAAAUUUACCGAUGAUAAGCACGUUACGAACGAUCUAGAUGUUACUGAUUCUCUGAAAGAAGCAACAGAGAUUUGCGAUAACGCAUUAAAGAGCGUACAACGUCAACGUUUCUGGUAUGGAUUGUCGGCUUGUAUACUGAUCGUUCCAUUAAUCUGGUCUAUCUGGCUGAAUUGCAUGAACAUGUCCAUAGCCGUAGACAUCGGUUUGAAUAUAGUGUGUAUUCUUCUAACUGCAAUAUUAUGUUACACCCUGUUUAUGAGUUCAAUCUGGAAUAGCGUAGAGAAGAAUGCAUUAAAAGCGGGACGUUUAGCUAUAGAAAUUUACAUGACGCAGUUGAGUAAUAACUUACAUCAAAACUAAACGUCAAAUUUUUGCAAUAAUUUAUUUACUUCCAAAGAAUUAACGUAAUACAAUGAUUAAGCUCAAGCAAAACUUUUGGUUAAAUAAAAAAAAUACAUUUUAC